AUGUCCUUCCCAAGGGCAAUCAUAAAAUCAUUUUUCAUCAUUAAAUACCAAUGGUACUUAAGGGCACUUCCACCGCAAGGACCCAAUCCGGCACGAGAGGGCCUAGGCCCUGCGAGGACGUUCCAGCGUGCAAGGGCAAGCCUCGGCAAGGCGUGGGGCCCACUAACCCGGGCAAGCCCACAGGCAAAUCCAGCUCGUGCUGCUGCUUGGGCAAAUGAUGUAAUGAUAACGUCAUAG